UUCUCAUUGGAAAUGACGUUUCUAUGCUUAAUUCUGUAAAGACUUGGCUUGGAGGUUGUUUCUCAAUGAAAGACAUGGGAGAAGCUGCAUAUAUUCUUGGAAUAAGAAUCUAUAGAGAUAGAUUAAAUAAGACUAUUGGAUUAUGUUAAGAUACUUAUAUCGAUAAGGUUUUGCAUAGAUUCAAGAUGCAUGAUUCCAAGAAAGGCAUCUUGCCGAUGUCCCAUGGCAUAACUUUCAGUAAGACUCAUUGUCCGUCGACACAUGAUGAGCGAGAGCGCAUGAGUAGAAUCCCAUAUGCUUCUGCUCUAGGAUCUAUCAUGUAUGCCAUGCUUUGUACUUGUCCAGAUGUUGCAUGUGCUUUGAGCAUGACGAGUCGAUACCAAUCUGAUCCAGGUGAAAGUCAAUGGACAGCAGUCAAGACUAUCCUCAAGUGUUUGAGAAAUACUAAGGAUAAGUUCUUGGUAUAUGGAGGAAGUGAUGAACUUGUUGUGAGUGGUUACACUGAUGCCAGCUUUCAGACGGACAAAGAUGAUUUCCGAUCACAAUCUGGUUUCAUCUUUUGUCUUAAUGGAGGAGCAGUGAGUUGGAAGAGUUCCAACCAAAGCACCGUAGCAGACUCAACAACUGAAGCUGGAUACAUCGCUGCUUCUGAAGCAACAAUGUAAGCUGUUUGGAUUCGGAAGUUCAUUGCUGAACUGGGUGUGGUUCCGAGUAUUUCUAACCCAGUGGAUCUCUAUUGUGACAACAUUGGAGCCAUCACACAAGCGAAGGAACCUAGAUCCCACCAAAAAUCCAAACACAUUCAAAGGAGAUAUCAUCUCAUUCGUGAUAUCGUCGAUAGAGGAGAUGUGAAGAUUAGCAGAGUCUCAACGGAUGCAAAUGUUGCUGAUCCAUUGACUAAACCUCUUCGACGACCUAAGCAUGAGAGUCAUACUACUGCUAUAGGCAUAAAGUUUCUUAAGAUGUGAUCUUGAUUCUAGUGGGAGAUUUUUCUUUUAUGAUAUGAUGUUCAGGUUUACAUACAUUUGGUUAUGUUUUAAAAUUAAAGAAAUUGUUUCAGAUUUAUUUUAUUAUUGGAUAAUUAAAUAAAAGUCUCAAAAUGAUUUAUAUCAUUCUUAUAGGCCAUCAAGUACGUGACUUGAUCAUGAAACCCUAUAUGUGAGAGAUGUUAUAAAUUAUUGAGGUCUCUAGUCAAGGUUGUUAACUUGGGACAUUAACAACCGAGUAUGAUUAGUAUGUGAGGUGAUUGAUGACUAAGUUUCAUGGAGUCAUUCAAUAUGUGGUAUUGAAGUCAAUCACAUGGAUAUGUGUUAGAGAACACAUGAUCGGACUGGCCCGCUGUGAGAACUCUACAAGAUUGUUACAUGAGUGUCAUAAGAGUUUCUCAUUAUGACUAUAGAGUAUAGUCCUUAAACCUGAGUUCAUCAUGAUUCUUUACUCGUGGAUUAGUUCACUUUGACCUUGUCAAACGUGGUGAUUAUAAAGGCAUUGAUUAGGUGUUCUAUGAAGUUUGUAAGGAACAUGGAUGGAACAAGAUGGGAUUUGUCCCUCCCAUAUAACUGGAGAUAAAUAUCUUUGGGCCUAUCGAAGAUUUGAUAC